AUGUCAUCUAGGUCGAAACGAAUGAUUGAUGCGGUUAUUAAAGACGUUGUGUCUGAUUCGCAAAAUAUGGUGGCCGUUAAUAAUUCAAAUCGUGAUCAUCGUGUACGUUGCUACGAACCUAUGGUAAAGAAGAAAGAUUCGCCGCUUCCUUCUGAUGCAGAUAUUUCUGAAAUAAAUCAAAUGAUGGAUUUGUUAUCCGAUUCCGAGGAAAUAAUAUGUCAAAGUUGUAAUAAUUCACUUAUCACCAAACAAAGUUUUUCUGACGAUUCUCCGGCUGAAGAAAAUAUCACACAACAUCCAUCUCCCGAUUGUAGCUUAAAUCAUCUAGAUUAUGAUUGUGAUAACCAUUUCAAAAUUCCCAUUCCAAAAGAUAUUUUACCUCUACAGCCAGUUAAUUCCAAUAUCACCGACUUAGCAUAUACCCCUCAUGCAAACACGCCUCUCUCUUCUUACUCAGAUGCAACACAAGUUUCUAGAAAAUGGGUUUUCACGCCAAGGAAAGAUAAGGGAAAUAUCAGACGUCGACAUGUUACGGAAUGGAAGGACAACAAAAGAAAAAUUCUAAGAAACUUGGGCAAGGAGUAUAUUAAGAGUCGUGAUGGUACUGUAAGAAAAAGCAAAUCUAUGGGUCCUGUGUGUCAUGCAAACUGCAGACUGAAAUGUUUAACAAACAUUAGCCAUGAAGAGAGAUUAUGA